ACUUGUCUGCGACGCUCAAAACCUCGACCGUUUUCUUCUUCCCUCCCCAUUUCUAUACCACCAUUUCCUCUCCCAUCGCUCUUUUGCAGAGUAGUAGACGCACCAUUUCCCAUUUCCAUUUCAGACUCACAGAGUGAUAAUCAAACCACAAAUCCCAUUACAUCUUUGUUUACAUGUGUUUUUAUAAGAGAAGGGGUUUUGAUCAAGUGUAUUUAAGUUAAAAUGGGGACGAUAUACAAACAUAUGUUAAUGGGGAAUAAGAAGGUGGAUUUGGGACAUGUUUGGAUGGCUGCUCACUUUCCGCAUCGUAUCAGGAAAGAAUUUGUUCAACAGACGAACAUCAGUUCUUCUGUCGAUAAAAUAUUGGUAGACCAAGUUUCAGUUGUAACAUAUAGAAUCUUGGGAUUUCUUCUACUAGGAGUGACAAGACUAUACUCCAAGAAAGUCGAGUAUCUGCUUAUUGACUGCAAUCACAGCCUGUAUGAAAUGAAAGUCUAUCUUGAAGGGAGGAAAAAAGUCAACAUCAAUAUCAACGUUGGUGGCAUGUGCUUACCAGAAGCUUCAGGUCAAAGAUCCAAAACUAACAUGGAUGCACCAGAAUCUUCAAGUAGAAAAAGAUCCAACACUUUGGUUGAUGCUAUGCGUGCAGAUUUCUUUUCAAUUACCCUCCCAGAAAAUUUUGAACUGGAUGCUUUUGAUCUUCAAGUUGUAGAAGAUGAAAGCAGCAGCGAACACCAUGUGAAAUCCAAUCUGGAGAUUGUCCUUCCUGACACAGAUUCAUGGGAAAACGACGAAACAGGACAUCACUCAGAAGCAAGCCCCGAGAAUAUUCGGACAAGAUUCUCCCUGGAGGAUCGCCUGGCUCCCAUGGAACUUGAUGAGCCUGAUGAAGAAGUAACUCUUCCCAAAAUACCCUUUCUUGAACAUGAUCCAGAAUGGAGGAACACAAAUUCUUGUGAUAACUACAUGACAUUUGAAGAUAGAAAUGAUAAGCAUCAAGAUGAAGAAGAGUGUACAACUGGAGAGAAAGAAGAGAAAUCAGUUUUAGAAACAACAUUUACAUUGGUUGAUGAUGAUGAUAACAUAACGUUCAAACCUAGUCCACAAAAAUUGUCGGUUGCUGUUAACGUGACACCUCAGUCGAAACGUCCCUCUGUUUCGGGUAAACAUAAAUCGGAUAGUAUGGCUGUUCGUACUCCAGCUGUCCAAGAGCGUGUUAGUGUUAGGGCAUCAACAUCAAAUUCAAGGAAGCGCAAAUGUGUUUAUGAUGAUGUCACUGUCAUUCGUAACGUGGUGUAUAAAGACUGGGUCACAAAUGCAAGCGAUCUUGUAGGCAAAAGAACCAAAGUUCCAACCACUAGGAGUAGGACCAGGUCUUGUGAUUAUAUUUUCAUCCAACCUAUAAUUCCUCUGAAUGCAGGUUUUCCAUCUGAUUUGAGGUCUGCCAUUUCCAGAAUUGAGGUGGAGCAACUGCAACUGCAGGUUGCUGAUGAUGGGGUUGGGGUAGGAAUAGGAUCAUGUGCUGCUGCUGCUGCUUCUGUUAUGCUAAAAAGUGUUGAAGAAAAUGAAGCAGAAAUAAUUGCUCCAUUAACACCAACAACUCAAUCAGCAUCAAAGGCCAACCAAGAGGGCCCCACUAGUUCAUGUGAAGACGUGUUUCCAAUCAAUGAUCAAGAAUUCGAUAAUCUUCAAUCUGUUUCCAGGCAGGGGCCAAGCUCGUCACACCUACAAAACCAAGGACAUGAAAAUUGGUCGGCUCUAACAAAAAAUGUUGGGGGUUAUCUGCACACUAACUUCACACACAAGAAAGAUGAAGUUGUAAAGUUGGGUCAUAUUUUGAAGGAGAAAACAAAGAGAGAGUGUGCAAUGUUUUUCUCUGAGAUACUGCUUUUGAAAACGGGGGGCUAUAUUGAUGUUAAACAAAAGAAGGCAUAUGAUGAGAUAUUUGUAAUGCAAACUUUGAAGUUGAAGGAGGUCUUUGGAGCAGAUAGCAGCAACCCUUAACCCCUGUGUGUGUGUGUGUGUGUUAUGGUGCUGUUUGUAUAGAAGUUUAUAACAGAAAUAUAGUAACUAGCUAACAGUCACAGUUGAUCGUUGAUCUAUAGGUUUCUUG